UUUGGGGGAGCCCUCGGCGGGCCCAGCGCCAGGCUGGGGGCCCGAAGGCAGAAGGGGGCGGCCCGGGAGCUCACUCCGCCUCCACGCCGCCGGCCGUCGGGCCCCGCCCGGCGCUGCUCGAGCGCGCACACCGAAGAGUGUGGGUGCAUCCGGGUGCCAGACGCUGGAGGACGCGGGUUUAGGGGUCGUAGAGGGGAUUCGAGAAGGAAGCUGCCAGCAUCACCCCCACGCCAGGCCUGAGCAGUGCCAGGAUAGGAGCUUCGCGCCAGCCGAGUCCCCCCGCCACCCUCCGCCGCGGAGCCCCCUGCCCAUCCGGAGUGGGAUGGCAAGCAGCCUCUCUGUCCAUCAUCGCACAGUAACUUUUCAUAUUUCACUGAAGUUGUGUGGUGUCCACUCUGUGUGGCUGUACACUGUGUCCCUGCCACAGCUUCUGAUCUGUCGCCCACUUUUGUCCAUCCUCCAUGUAUUAUUUCCCAUGAGAUUUAUUAAAGGAAUCACCAGCAGGAAGUAGACCAUGAUGUUGGCUGCCUGCCUCUCCAGACCCCUGUCACAACUCCCAGGAAAAGCCACAAGUAUCUGUGGUAGAGAAAAUGGAAUGAGACGUGCACUGUUGCUUUGCUCAGCAUCCUUUACCCCAAUCAGCCGUCGGACCUAUGCUAGUGAGGUGAACCCGGCUGGCAGCAAAGCUGUCCUGAUCACAGGCUGUGACAGUGGAUUUGGGUUCUCCUUGGCCAAGCAUCUGCAUUCAAAAGGCUUCCUUGUGUUUGCUGGCUGCUUGAUGAAGGACAAAGGAGAUGCUGGAGUCCAGGAGCUGGACAACUUGAAAAGUGACCGAUUGAGAACCAUCCAACUUAAUGUAUGUAACAGUGAGGAGGUGGAGAAAGCGGUGGCCACAGUCCAAUCAAUCCUGGAUGACCCAGAGAAAGGAAUGUGGGGCCUGGUUAACAAUGCAGGCAUCUCCACAUUUGGGGAAGUGGAGUUUACCAGCAUGGAGACCUACAAGGAGGUGGCAGAAGUGAACCUCUGGGGUACGGUGCGGACAACAAAAUCCUUCCUCCCUCUUCUCAGAAGAGCAAAAGGCCGAGUGGUCAACAUUAGCAGCAUGCUGGGUCGCAUGGCCAAUCCAGCCCGCUCCCCAUACUGCAUCACCAAGUUCGGAGUGGAAGCGUUCUCUGACUGCCUGCGCUAUGAGAUGUACCCGCUGGGUGUGAAGGUCAGUGUGGUGGAGCCUGGCAACUUCAUCGCUGCCACCAGCCUCUACAGCCCCGAGCGCAUCCAAGCCAUCGCCAAGAAGAUGUGGGAUGACCUGCCUGAGGUCGUGCGCAAGGACUAUGGCAGGAAAUACUUCGAUGAGAAAAUUGCCAAGAUGGAGACCUACUGCAACAGUGGCUCCACAGACACAUCCUCCGUCAUUGACGCCGUCACACAUGCCCUGACCGCCUCCACCCCAUACACUCGCUACCACCCCAUGGACUACUACUGGUGGCUCCGAAUGCAGAUCAUGACCCACAUGCCUGGCGCAGUCUCUGACAUGAUCUAUAUACACUGAAACAUUUCCUGGCAGCCUCUGUCCAAUGAGCCCUGGUGGGGGGAAGUAGGUUGGGGGAAGACAGUUCAUAUAGUCACCUCUUGAUUAACCACUCAUGGAUUAGCCAUUCCCCUAGGAAAACCCAUUUUAGCAGUAGCCCCACCUGACUUCUUCAUGUGGUAAAUGGCUCAGGCCUUCACAGUGGGGGUGCAGACAGGGGCCCCUAAGCCUCAGGGCAAAUACGGUGCAUAUCUGUCACAUGGCAAUUUCAUACAGGUUUUUUUUUGGUAAAUAUCUGUACAUUAAAAAUUGAUUUAUUAAUAGAG